AUGGCUGUACAGGCAAAAGUGUGUGAAAACAUACCCAUUGUUCUUUGUGGAAACAAGGUUGAUGUGAAGAACAGGCAGGUCAAGGCAAAGCAAGUUACUUUCCACAGGAAGAAGAAUCUGCAGUACUAUGAGAUAUCUGCUAAGAGCAAUUAUAACUUUGAGAAGCCUUUCUUGUACCUUGCCAGAAAGCUUGCAGGGGAUCCUAACUUGCAUUUUGUCGAAUCCCCUGCCUUGGCUCCUCCAGAAGUGCACAUUGAUCUUGCUGCACAACAACAGCACGAGGCUGAGCUUGCUGCAGCUGCUAGUCAGCCCCUUCCUGAUGAUGAUGAUGAAGCAUUCGAGUAGAUGUGGAAGUUGUCGUCUGGUUGAGAGUUCCCUUAUUAUUGUUCGUGGUCUUCGGACCAUUUGUUU